CCGGGCUGUAGCCAGUGGAGAGAAACUGAUGGAUAAACAAACUCUGUUAUCAGAAUUCGGUUGCUAAGUUUAUUUAUGGAUUUCUGUAAUAUUAUUAGCAGUUUUAAUAACACUACCAUUAGUACCGAUACCAAGAGAAAGGUAUUGUGUCUGUUUAACCUUGGCAGGUUUCCAUAACGUCAUAUUAUUCCAGUUGCUAACGUUACCUUGAUACCUUAGCUCUAUAGCAACGACCAGCUAGCUACAUCUCUAAGCUAGCUAACGUAAGCUAGGCUCCACAUUGGAUGUUUAACGACAGCGCUAGUAGAAAAUAUUCGAAUGAAGUAGGUAGAACUAGAACUACCAACUACGUUUGCUAUUAAAAAUUAGCAGAUGAUACCUAGCUAACGUUUAGCCUACGCUCAGUAGCUAUUUACAACAACUUAUUAGCCCGCGAUUGUGUUAUCGUUAGCUUACCUAUAGAGCUAACUUACUCUAACUAAAUUAAGCUAACAUAACGCUAGCCUAGCUCUAGAUAUAUAAUGCAGACUUGGAUUCACCUGGUCUAGUUAGACUAAGUUAGUUCUUUAGUUACGUAGCGUUAUCUUGAUUGCUCAUUGUUUUUAUUCUAUACACGUAAACUCACCGUGCUCCGAACAGAACACGGGAAAGCGCCUGCUUCCACCAGAAGUUAUCGUCUAUACAAUGGUAGUUUUUCUGCUGAGGAAUGUGGUUUAUUAUUAUGGUUGCUUAUUGACUAUCACAGACACUAAAACACUUUGAUUGUUGUGAAUUGGACCAAUUUUUAUCGAAAAAGCGACAAAUAACCAAAUAACUUCCCUGUGUUCGGAAGACCGUGUUAGCUCACGAUGGUCCGAACACCUAUUCACUCUGUUAUGCAGGCUGAGCCGAAUAAGCUUGCCCGAUUCGUAGUCUCACGUUAGCAACAGCUUCCCCACAACAAUGUUACAGUGGAUCACCAUUACCAUGUUACUGUAUGCGGAAAUGGAUCGCGUAUACGACAGUUUUUAUUAAAAAGCAAGGAAUUAAGACUUUAAACACAAAAACCAAAGCUGAUCUGGAAGUAUACAUUUAUUUAUUCGUCAACAAAGUUGCACUGUUUGGAAAAUGAGUGAGCUAGCUUGGUGUUCGGAACACGGUCUUUUCUUUACAAACAUCAUAAGAGUGUGUGAGUGAGUCUGCACUGGGUUGUUUUCCUUGUAAAUUAUCUGUUAGGGAAUCAUCCAGUCAGUGCAUGUCCAUGUCCAGGAAGUCGCCAGGAAAGCUGGUGCAAAAGAGCCAUGUGGAGAGCAAGCAGGACGAGCACACUGCUUGCAGGACUUUGGCUAAUGAUUGGAAGAAUCGCCCACAGGGAGAGGAAGUGGGCAAUGAAUUUGUCAGCCUCACCAAUCAGCUGCAAGCCCUGAGACUGAAAGUGCGGGAGGUGCCCGGAGACGGGAACUGCCUGUUCAGAGCCCUGGGGGAUCAGCUGGAAGGCCACUCCCGCGGACACCUGCGACUGCGUCAGGAGACUGUACAGUACAUGCAGGCUCACCGGCAGGACUUUGAGCCCUUUGUAGAGGAUGAUAUUCCCUUCACAGAGUACUUGUCUAACCUGUCUCAGCCGGGCACUUUCGCAGGAAAUGAUGCGAUCGUAGCAUUUGCACGCAGCCACCAGCUGCGCAUCAUCAUCCACCAGCUCAACACUCUGAUGUGGGAGAUAAAUGGCUCUGAUAAACCUGCAGCUCGAGAGCUUCAUAUUGCCUAUCGCUAUGGUGACCAUUACGAUAGUGUGCGGCCCAUUGGUGAUAACUCUGAGAGCCCAACCCUUCUGCGCAUUGAGAACCUGAACCAGUCGAGGGGUCAGUGUGCGUCUCGGCAGCCAGGAGACUGGCAGAGGUACAGACAGACCGCUUCCCCUCCCACCCAUUCCGAUGACGAGGAUUUGAUCCUGCGCCGGCUUGUGUCCCAGAGUGCAUCUGGUCAAGCUCCGAGCAGUAGGCCGCUCCGGGUGGUCAAGGGGGAGGACACUGAUGGGACCACCGUGUCACGGCCCACCCUGUGGGAGGCGUCAGGAACGGGCGCACGCAUCUUUGGCACCGUCACAUCAGCAGCACACAGAGACGGCAAGCCAGCGGACUGCUGCACCGCACACGCAACUAAAGUAGCAAGUAAAGACAGGAAGGAACCGCUGUGUCUGGAAAAGAACAAGAGGCCAGAGGAAAGGCAAAGACUGAAGGUCCAACCCAGCAGGGCUUCACAGGACCAGGACCAGGACCAGAACCAGUCAGAAGCAGUCACUUUGAGUAUGUACAGUGGAGCAUGUGCAGGAGUCCUCGGCUCUUUGGUUUAAGAAAUAAUGGAGAUAUUUCCGCAAUAGAGGCGUGGGAAUUGGAGAUUUGGCCUUGAGAUCUCAUUGUUGCAAGGUAUGUAGUAUGAAAACAGGGUGCACAUUAAUGUCUAAAGAACCAGGAGAAGAAGCUUUUAGUUUUAUUUAAUGAAAGGCGUGUUUCGCUGUUGUCUAUUCUUUUUGCAAGGAGUGUUUAGAAACUAUUCCUGCUUUGAAGGUGAACCUACUGCAUGUUACUUAGGGACAGAAACUGCUGGACAAUUUUCAUUUGCACAGAAAAACAAAAGGUAUAUUUUUAAAGUGGAAUAUUCAUACAUUAUAUAAAUGAUAUUCCAUAAUUAAUAAAUGAUACCUGUAAUAUACUGUAUCUGUACACCUGUA